GAGUGACACGCUCGGCCAACCGCUUUCUUCUUAACAAAGCGGUCCGGAAGUGAUAAAGGGAAAACGGCAUAGGCCUGAGAUGGACCGUUACAGGUAUUUCAUCUUCAAUCAGAAGAGUGUGGUGGUCCUCGGCAUCCUUCAGGUGGCGUGCGCGGGGCUUUGCGUGGUUUGCGGCUUUAUGGACGCAGUUUUCCGAAAGAGCACUACUCUGAGUGAAACUAGGGCUCCACUCUGGGCUGGACUGAUUAUGGCUGCACCUGGUGUACUUGCCCUUUUUGCAUCUCAGAAGAAAAACCCUAUUUUGGUAAACGCCAUGAUCGUCUCCUCUGUGGUGUCGCUUUUUGCUGUUGUGAUUGUCUUUGUUUAUGCUUGCAUCACUCUCAGCUAUGGAGAGGAGGAUGAUGAGAUCUUCCAUGCCCAUCCUAUCCCUGAAGUGAGGGUUGUACUCAGCCGGAUGGUAAAGGGCGCAAACAGCACCCUUCUGGUGGCCUGCACGGGGUCUCUGCUCUUUUCUUCUCUGAUUGUAUACGUUGGCUGUCGCAGUCUGCCGCUUUGUGGCUGCUACAAUUCUUCAAAUGGCAUGGACUUUCUAGUUCCUCAGAAUGAUCCUGUUACUCCAACUGAACUCAUUUGCACUUGGCAAGAUGGAGAAGAGCGAAUCUUUAACUCCCCCGUGUCAUUCAUGGAUCGCUGUCCUGAGCAGGAACAGCAAGACCUCUCCACGCUUCCACCAUAUAGCAGACUAGCUUAAUAAUUUUUUUUAAUGUAUGUGACUGGGCAAAAUAUCAA